AUGUCUCAACCACAGAAGAGUCCCAUGCACUGGUCCGCCUUUCCCGACGUCCCAAUAUACCUCGACACCGGGAACAAUGGACAGAACAUGGGAAGAACAUAUGGAACUACACCAACAACACCAACAACACCAGAGGUCAUCCCACAAAACCGACCAACAUUCUUGAGUCCUGCACAUACAAAUGCAGUUCCAGUCAGCCCUGUCGAACCGAGCCCAACCACCACUAUCGAAACUUCAAGUCAUCGCUCAAUGGUCUGGCCAAUCCCUGAGCCUCCACCAGAAGUUGUUCAACAAAACCAGACAAGACGCCCACUUCUACGAUUCUUUCCCACCGACCGUCCAAGACUUCGGCUUGAAGGGCUUGGUGCUAACGCACCAAUGCAAUAUGAUCCUGAGAGGGCCGAUAGCAAGCACUCAAGCAUACCCAACAACGGACUUGGUAUCCACAAUGGCCCACCCAAUGCACCUCAUAUAUACAUCCAGCCUCCACCCAUUGAGAGCGAGAAGUCUGAACCAGCUACGAAUAUCGCACAACGUAUCGAAGAAAAGCUGUGGCGAUGGAAUUCAUCUGGCAAUGUCGUGGAAAGAUGGAUGCUGGAGAUCAUUAGCUGGCUCAUCAGUGCUAUAUGCAUGGGAGCUAUCAUCGCCGUCCUCAUCGUACUCAGGGAUCAACCCGCGAAUAAAUGGCCAUUUGAUAACAUCGGCUUUACUCUAAACGCUUUUGUUUCCAUUCUCUCUCGAAUCGCGGGUGCCGCGCUUCUUCUACCAGUUGCGGAAGCCCUGGGCCAGUUGAAGUGGAGCUGGUUCAUCAAGGGUGAUUCGAAGAAGAUGUGGGACUUUGAGAUGUUUGACAAUGCAUCAAGAGGUCCAUGGGGUGCAUUUCUGCUCCUUAUACACACUCGUGGGAAGACUAUUGCCGCCCUCGGAGCCCUUGUAACAAUAUUUUGUCUUGCUCUGGACCCUUUCUUCCAACAAGUCGUUAGCUUUCCCGAGCGUUGGACGUUGCAGAAUGCAACUAGCUCUAUACCAAGAGUCAUUCGAUAUGAACCUCACUAUCCUGCGGAUUUCAUAAACGGCGAAGUGUCCGUUCAAUCCGACCAAGAUAUCAUGGCGGUUGCGGAUACAUUUUUUCUUGGUAAAGGCACCCAAUCAAUACCGUAUGGAAACGGUAGCCGCCCCGAAAUUCCACUGACAUGUCCAACGAGUAAAUGUACAUGGCCCUCGUACGAAACUCUUGGAAUGUGUAGCCAAUGCGUCGAUGUAUCACAACUCCUGACGUUUACAUGCAUGUUCACGCAAGUUGAUUGGACAUCCGAGCUCAAUGCGAAUGUUUCAUCGUAUCCUAACACGACUGUGUGUGGCCACUUCCUCAACGCUACAUCUGAACGACCAGUACUGAUGUCUGGGUACAUGGUUGACGACAAAGGCGAGCCUGUCGGGGAAACUCUAUUGUCGCGCACCCUGCCACUUGUGACGAACCCGGAACGACAGUUACUCUGGGGUGGAUCAAUCAACUUCAAGGACAUCCGGAAUCCCAUUGCAGACGCUCUGAUCUCCAGUUCGGUUGAUCGGGCUGAGGUCUACUCGAACCAUACCCCAGCACUUCACGAGUGUGUUGUGUCAUGGUGUGUAAAAUCCAUCGAAUCAUCAUACUUAUCGGGAAUAUAUCAUGAAAAUGUUGCGACAUCCUUCUACAAUAACACUAAUGAAGGUUCUGCAUGGAAUAGUACGUUCGAUCCAAGCGACGGUGGUUAUUGGAUUGAUUAUCUUGAGAAUGUAACCAUUUCCACAACAUCUACCAACUCGAAUACCACCGAGUACGACUGGGGUGUCAGCUCAGAAACAAUGAUCUUCACUGUUGAGGUUUUCGAUCGCAUUUUUCCUGCAUUCACGACUGCGGCAGAUGAUAAAAGUGCUCCUUUACUGAGGUGGAGGACUGGAUCUUUUGAGGAUGUUCGAACUAGGGCACCUGAUUUCAACCCGUGGCUGUCUCCCAACAAUAUCACGCGUCACAUGAAACGAAUGACGGAUUCGAUAACCAAUGUUAUUCGGUCUUCGUCGAGCAAUGAAAUGAUCCAUGGCGAGGCAUUUGAAAGAGAUGUAUAUGUUUCAGUCCGUUGGGCAUGGCUAUCUCUUCCGGUCGGAUUACUGCUUGUCAGUUUUAUUUUCUUGCUAGCAACGGUAGUCAAAUCUGCAUCAGAGACGGACCAAGUGGGCGUUAGGAAAAACUCUGCUAUUGCGGCACUACUAUAUGGCCUUCCCGAUCACUACCAAAAACGCCUCGCGAAGCCCGACCCCAAGAUGACUCCAAGAGCUAAGGCUAAAGAUUUGAAAGUAAAAUUAUCCCCAACUACAGGAUGGAGAGUUUCUGGCAACGUAUUCACCCCAGUAACUCCAACCAUCCCGAGGAACCUACCACCGCCAGGGUGGAUCUGA